AUCAAGAAAAAACCAGUUAGCAGAUGGAUUCUGUCGACUCCGGCAAAAACGGAACGAAAGGAAAACACUCCCUGCCAAUGCCUCACCCUUUCAGAGGAAGAUUUUCAGCUGGAGCAUUCCUAACACCAAGGCAAAGUGAGACCGUAACAGUCUGUGGGUAUUUAUCACCAGAUAACUUUUAAAUGAAUUUUCAUUUUGAAAAGAGAUCAUUUUAUGUAGUAGAAAUGCAAGCUUAAUGUGAUCUAGCCUGAAGUGCUUUGUUUGAGAGACCUAAAAUGUGUGGCAACAUUUUGCACUGGUGGAAGAAGCAGUCAUGGGCCAUCAUAAGUGCGCUGGUCUCCACUUAUUACUCUGUAUCAGCACAAUUCUGAGCCUCUGUCAUCAAAGCUCAGCCUGCCGCCUGGGAACAGAGACAGAAUGUGAGAAAGCACCCUUUGUGCCUGGCUACAACCUUGCAGGAGAAGGAUUUGAUGUAGUUAGGCUGCAACGCAAAGGUGCCUAUUUGAUAAACGUCAAAUCCCAGAGGUCUGACAACUGCACAUGUACCGUGUGCAAGAAUCGCUUCCAAGGAGGACAGGUGCAGAAACUUCCCUUGGCCAUUGUGGACUGGCGUCCUUUCAGCCGCUGCAACAAACAGCUGUCAAGUGCUCUUCACCAUUCCAUUGAUUCACUUAUCAAAAGCUCCACAUCACUAAUCAACAAUAACUGGGGGAUGGACCUUAGCCUGGAUGAUUUGGGCAAGGCUGUUUUAGGAGGGAGCCACUCGGAUAUAGCUAAGUUUGCCCAAUCACAGCACACGAUGGACAAGGCGACCUUUGCUCUCCAUGAGAUCAGCUGCACUUAUUACAGCUACAGGGUAAUGGAUCAGCCAGAGCUCAGUGCAGAAUUUACUAAACGUUUACUUCAACUACCUAGACACUACAGUGAGAAAACGAAAUCCCAGUAUCGGAGGAUUAUCGAUACAUAUGGCACCCAUUACAUCCGUCAUGUCUAUUUAGGAGGACGUGUGAGACAAGUCACAGCCUUCCGAACCUGCCUUGCAACCCUAAAGGGCUUUAUGGAGUCUGAUAUAAAGAACUGUCUGAACAUUGACUUAAAAAUGGCUCUAGGAUUUCUGCCUGCAAACACAUCACUUUCUUAUAAAUGCUCCAAUAUUCUCAAGGAUAACAUGAGCAUGGGCUUCUAUCAGGGCUUCCUGACGCAGAAGUUGGAGGUCUUGGGUGGCGAAAGUUACUUCCCAGACCUUGCGUUUCAUCAGAGUCCAGCCGAAGCUUAUGCAAGCUGGAUGAACAGCUUGCGUGUGAACCCAGAUAUAAUUUCAUAUGCCAUUUUUCCUCUCCAUCAUCUGGUAGCUGACCCAGAACUAAGUGCCAGCCUGAGGAGAGCUGUGACUGAGUACAUUGAAGAGAACAAGCUUCCUUCAGAGCAGAAUCAGAACCAGGAAUGCAAACCAACACCAAACUUGGACCACAACUGCUGCCCUCUGCGAGCAGGUCAUGGCACCUUGACAGUGGUGGUGCAUCGGGCCACAGGUCUAAAGGCAGACUUCUUUACUAAAACGGAUGGAUACGUCAAAGUGUGGUACAAUAACAUGUAUGAAGAGACAGACAUAGUGAUGGAUGAUAACAACCCAGAAUGGAACAUUACUUACAGUUUUGGUUCAAUUGAAUUUGGUCAUGAGUUAAUAUUUGAGGUAUGGGACAGUGAUGUAAUGUAUAAUGACAUGGUGGGAAGGUGUGUUGUCUAUCCUGAACGUGGAAUUCACACACAUAGUUGUAGAUUAACAAAAGGAGUCUUUUAUUUCACUUACAGCGCCCAAUGUGAUGCUCACCUGGCUGGCCAUAGGUGUGGACGAUACUCCCCAAAAGCCUGAGUGCCUCCAUCAGACAAUUACAAAGAUGAUAUUUUUACUAACUAUGAAAUAUUAAGAAUUUUUGUUUUACUUUCUCUCUAGCUUUUUCACUUAUCUUUACAUCAAAUUUAAUUUCAAAUGACCAUUAAAUAUAAACAUGUGCAAAAUAUCAGUCGUAGUCUGUUUAUUAGUGUUAGAACUUUCUAAAUGGAACCAUGACUACAGGAAAACCUAACUGUUGCUUUUGGAAUAAUUGUGGCAUUAAUUUCUGGAUUAAUAUGAAUUCUCAUUUAGUUUACUUUGUACUGCUUAUUAGUAUAUAUACAGUGAGGUCCGUAAAUAUUUGGACAUUGACAAUUCUUGUUAUUUUAGCUGUCUACCACAGUAUACAUGAGUUGAAAUAAAAUAAUAAAUGAGCUCAAAGUGCAAGAAAGUCUUUCAGCUUUAAUUUGAGCAUAUUUACAGCCAAAUCAGGUCAAGUGUUACAGCACCUUUUAUAUCCUGUUAAUCAGGUAUGUAAGGAAUGCAAGUAAUGUAAAUAAGUAUCUAAUGUAAUGUACCAAUUGAAAAUAUACUGGUAAACAGCAGUCAUCAUUUACACUCAACACAAUCUUUUCUUAAGGAAGAAAAUUUGCUGCUCUCUGUGAUUUUAGUCUUUUAUGCUCUGCUCAAUCUCUUGGUGGAAUACAUUUAAAAAGGAGAGACUGGCCAAGCCACUUUGAGCAUUUGCUAAGGUCAUACAGUCAAUAGUAAAUUGUUAAGAAAUCUAGCUAGUGUUUGGUGCCUUGGUUUAUGCCACCACUUGGUUCACUCACAUUGGUUUGUUAGUUAUAUCAGCACGGUGAAAAUGAGCAACAUACCAGAACUCCCCAUUCAGACUUUUUUAGAACACUCUACAGCAGAACAAGACAUGGCUUUGAUACAAAACUCUCAAGAGCUUCAGGUGCAUGUUGGAAAGUUCAUGAGGCUUGAUGGUGAUGUGCAAAAACUUUCAAAUCAUGAAAUAACGCCUAUAAAAUGCAUUUUUCAUAAGGAAAAAUAUUGGAGGGGAUACCAAGCUCAACUAACCUUGUUUUUUAAAAAAAAAAAAAAAAAAAAGGCCACUAUUCUUGAAAAUCACAUGGAGAUUUUUAAACAUUUCACUUCCAUGAGAAUGGGCAGGGUUGCAC